AUGGGAGAAAACGGGGGUGAGAGUCCUGUCAGGUCUAAUACACCGACCAAUCCUCCAUUGUACGGAGUGGGCGCACCAGCCGACAGGGACUGGGACGCCGUGGAAGACGCUAUUGGGGACCAGGGCGACGGUCUUCCCGCGGUAGGCAGUUUUGUACUCUACAAGCUGUUUCCUCCCUUGAAACACAAAGAACACUUCGACAUCUGGUUUCAAAUAGUGACCUUGAUCCUCGAGAGCCACGGUCUCCACCGGUUAAUCGACAAAUCAAUUGAGAGGCCAAUGCGAAACUCACAAAAUGCGGAGACCUGGAAGGAACUGUCACUGCAGGUACGAGAAUGGCUUCGUCGCAGUAUAGACCGGAAGGUUGUUCAAGAGAUCACCACGACUGGUCGGCGCACGAAGUGGGCAGACGAUUUCAUGCACGAAUGCAAAUUGCAUAUGCACGGAGAGGGUCAUGGAGCCCUACAACAUUAG